AUGGUCGAUUGGAAUGAAUCAGAAGUACUAGUGGAUAGGAAAUCAAAAUUUCAGGCUAGAUGUUGUCCUUUAAAGAAUCAAGAUGAUAUACCAAAAAUUUUGCACGAAUUGAUGGCAAAUAAGUCAAUUGUAAAAUCUUCACAUCCUCAUAUGUACGCCUGGAGAACUGCAGAUUUAUCAACUAAUGAAAGCAAUAAUAAAGAUACUACUACAAAGGGAAAAAAUAAGAAGAACAAUGCAAAAGCAUCAUCUAUAAUACAAGUACCGAAGAAUAUCCAACAAGGUUGUUUUGACGGUGGUGAGUCCGGAGCUGGCCAAAGGUUAUUGACACUUUUGGAAAGAUCUAAUAUAUUUAAUGUCAUGAUUAUAGUUACCAGAUGGUAUGGUGGAACACCCCUUGGUUCGGCUAGAUUCAGGCACAUAUCUAGCACAGCAGUUGAAAGUUUAAGAAGAGCAGGAUUUCUUCCACGUUGA